AUGUUGUUCAAAGCUGCCACCGUUCUGGCCGUCGCCGGACUUGCUCUUGCUAGCCCUCGCAAGCCGGAUUAUAACAAGCCAUCCCAAGUCACCGGGUGGGAGACCAAGUACACUGCUACUGGAACCGCCGAGGUUGCUGCUGCGGCUGCCACGGCCAAGACGAGCAGCCCGACCAGCAAGGUGAAGGGCAAGUCGUUUGAUCGAAUUGCCAUCAUCUACUUCGAGAACGAGAACUACGACAAGGCCAUUGGAGACCCCAACUUUGCCUGGUUCGCCUCCAAGGGCAUUACGCUCUCCAACUACUUCGGCGUCACCCAUCCUUCGGAGCCAAACUACCUAGCCGCCAUUGCCGGUGACUACUUUGGCAUGCAGAACGAUGCCUUCAAUCGCGCCGAUGCCAACAUCUCCACCGUCAUUGACCUGCUCGAGCACCGUGGCGUCUCCUGGGGCAUGUACCAGGAGGACAUGCCUUACUCUGGGUACGAGGGCUUCAGCUGGGUGAACCAGAAGAACGGAGCCAACGACUACGUUCGAAAGCACAACCCCGCCGUCCUGGUUGACAAGGUGGCCAGCUCUGAGCAGCGCCUGUCGCAGAUCAAGAACCUCUCCAUGAUUGACACCAAGCAGUCCAUGUUCCACAAGGAUCUGAAGGCAAACAAGCUGCCCCAGUGGAUGUUCAUCACCCCCAACAUGACCUCCGACGGCCACGACACCUCUGCUACUGUCGCCGGUGCUUGGUGCCGUUCGUUCCUGGGGCCUCUCAUGGAGGACAAGCACUUCAUGGACAACACGCUCGUCCUGAUCACCUGGGAUGAGAACGAGACCUACGCUAUCCAGAACAACAUCCUCGCCAUCCUCGUCGGCGAUGCCGUUCCCAAGAACCUUGUCGGCACCACCGACAACAGCUUCUACAACCAUUACUCGGAGAUUGCCACCGUCCAGGCCAACUGGGAUCUCCCCACCCUUGGACGUUGGGACGUCGGCGCCAACGUCUUCAAGAUGGUUGGCAAGAAGACGGGCGACAAGAUCCGCAAGUGGACGUCGGAGAAGAAGUUUGAGGGCAUGUUCUGGAACUUCUCGUACGCGGGCUACUUCAACAGCGAUGGCGGCAACUCCAGGUACCCUGCGCCCAACUUGGACCUUGAGCACACCUUUUCCGGCCGAAAGGUCUACGGACCCGUGAAGGAGGAGUGGAAGAAGAGCAAGGCGCCGACGUACUACAAGGAUACCAUUGAGCUGCCCGAUGGGCUUAGCCCCCCCAAGGGUUAUGCCCCUGUCGCAUAA